ACACUGAGGAUGCCAGUGAAACUGACCUGGCGAAACAUGAGGAAGAGGACUUUGUAGAAAUGAAAGAACAGAUGUAUCAGGACAAACUGGCAUCUCUUAAGAGGCAAUUACAACAGCUGCAGGAAGGUACUCUUCAGGAAUAUCAGAAAAGAAUGAAAAAGUUGGACCAGCAGUACAAAGAGAGGAUCCGAAAUGCAGAACUGUUCCUCCAGCUGGAGACAGAUCAGGUGGAAAAAAAUUACGUCAAGGAAAAGAAAGCGGCAGCAAAGGAGUUUGAAGAUAAGAAAAUUGAGCUCAAGGAAAAUUUGAUAGCUGAGUUGGAAGAGAAAAAGAAGAUGAUUGAGAAUGAAAAGCUAACCAUGGAGUUAACGGGAGAUUCGAUGGAAGUGAAGCCCAUUAUGACAAGGAAACUGAGGCGACGACCAAAUGAUCCCGUUCCUAUCCCAGACAAGAGGAGGAAACCUGCCCCUGCUCAGCUAAAUUAUUUGUUGACUGAUGAGCAAAUAAUGGAGGACCUGAGAACACUGAAUAAGCUUAAGUCACCCAAGAGACCAGCCUCUCCCUCCUCUCCCGAGCACCUCCCGGCGACACCAGCGGAGUCUCCCGCGCAGCGGUUUGAAGCCCGGAUAGAAGACGGAAAGCUCUACUAUGACAAGAGAUGGUACCACAAGAGCCAGGCUAUUUACCUGGAGUCUAAAGAAAACACUAAGAUCAGCUGCGUGAUCAGCUCUGUGGGUGCCAAUGAGAUCUGGGUGAGGAAAACCAGUGACAGCACAAAGAUGCGAAUCUACCUGGGACAGCUGCAGCGAGGUGUUUUUGUGAUUCGGCGACGAUCAGCUGCGUGACUGUGUGCUCUUCCUUGGUCUUUCUUUUUUUUAUUUUUUAUGUUUAACUGAUAGACGAACCUCUAACGAGGAAUGGCAGUCCGUUCACUCAUCUUAGCAGCAGAGAACGCUGUCAUGACCUCUUCCAAGACAGUUUGUGGCUGGCCACAUAAUCCCCAGUAGUCCUUAAAUCUUUAGUGAUACCCAAGCACUGCCCUGGACUAUUUCUGGAUUUU